AUCAAGCACAACUUAUUCAUCUUCUCUGUCUUCUUGUCUCAUUGAGCACCCCCAUCACAGUGGGGGUGGUGAUAUUAUCAUCACUUGUACUGGCAGAGUAUACAGUAUGGCAAUUGCACAGAAUUGUCAUCAAUGGCUAUCUUUACUGAUCUGUGCAUUGGCUGUACUGCAAACUAGAGCCGCCAUUAUUUACAGAAUUCCUUUAACGUUUCCUGAAAAUGCCACGGCUAUGGGAGCUGUGUGUCUUGAUGGAAGUCCCGCAGCAUACCAAUUCAUAAAAGGUGCUCCGGAAGGCCAAGAUAAUUGGUUGAUUUACAUGGAGGGCGGCGGAUGGUGUCAAAGUAUUGAGGAAUGCAAGUCUCGUACAUUUGACCACAAGGGUUCAUCCAAACAUAUGAUGAAGAACGAUUUCUUUAAGGGUGAUAAUGACUUUAUGUUUGGUGGCAUGUUAAACAAAAACUCAAAAAUUAAUCCUACCGAAUUUCGUAAAUGGAACAUUAUAAUCAUGAGAUAUUGUGAUGGAUCAUCAUUUACAGGAGAUGUUGAACAACCAGUUAAUAACCUUUACUUCAGAGGUAAAAGGAUAUUUGAGGCCAUAACAAAUGAACUGCUGAGCAAAGGAUUGAAGGAUGCUAAACAGGUGUUUCUUACCGGUGGUUCUGCUGGUGAAGUAUUUGUAGCCUUGCAUUGUGAUCGUUUUCAUAAACUCUUAUCAAACACUACCAAAUUCAAAUGUUUGACUGAUGGGGGCUAUUUCAUCCACGCGAAAAAAGACCCCAAACAAGCCCAAGGAUUUGUGUCAAUGUUCAAGGAUGUUGUUUCCCUACAUAAUUCUACUGGGAUGCUUCCUCAGACAUGCACUCAGAAGAUGAAAGACAAGCCAUAUUUUUGCAUGUUCCCACAAUACGUGGUGAGAGAUAUGGUGACACCAAUUUUCAUUUUAAUGUCGCCGUAUGAUGCAUACCAGAUGAAUAUUACACUGGGUCACGAGGUUUACUUUGCGGUCCGCAAAUCCUACAAAGAGCACGUAAUUUUGCCUACACCUAUAUAUGAUGUCCUUAAAGGUUUCAGAUUGCAAUUCUUGGAUGCACUGCCGCCCAGCAAACCAUCAAAUGGAAUUUUUAUUAACAACUGCUUCGGUCAUACAGAGAUCGCCACGACUACUUGGAAUGUAGAUGGUGACCGAGUAAACAACGUGAUAGAUUGGAUGGCAAUAAGUGAUUGGUACUUCGAUCGAAAUGAAAUAAAUUUAAUUGACGAGAUAGACUUGAUAAAGGAUUGCAUAGCAAAUGGAUACUUGGCUUCUUCAUGAUGUAGGUGGACAAACUAUGCAUGAUCAGAAGAUCCUCAAUGAGAACAAGUUUAGUUUGAAUUGUCUAGAGAAAUUGUGUAGUUGUGCCUAAGAAAUUAAACCAUGUGACUAUAUAUAUAUAUGGUCAUUUGUAUUUUGUUCACAAUUUCUAAAUAAAAUAAACAUUUGAUUGCAGAUAAAUGUUUCUCAAUAUAAUAUAC